AUCCCUUCCUUCUCCCACUCCCACACCUCUUGGCCUCGUCUCGUCUCGGACCACAUCGAGCGAGCCGCCGAGCCGGACUCCUCCUCGAAUCGAAUCGAAACGCCCCCGAUUUGAAGCAGCAAAAAGAUAUCCGAAAUCGAAUCGAGUCGAGUACUCGAGUGACGCCUUCGCCUCGGGUGUCCAGGAAUAGCUCGAGCUUCCGCCACGCCACGCGCGAGGGAAGGAGCGGGUCGCGCGGGGGAGGGGGGGCAUGGGAUCGGAGGGGCGGAGCUGGAGCGGGGCGGCGGCGGUGGGGGGCGGCGUGGAAGGGGAGGCGGCGAUCGCGGCGGUGGUGGCGCCUGCGCCGGGGGACGUGCCGGCGUCGGGCGCGUCCGUGGACAUAGCGCUGCCGCUCCCGGAGAUGACGCCCCGCAUCAUAGGUAUCUGCAAGGAAUUGGUGAGGGGGUGGUCAUCGCUGGACAGCUCGCGCUUCUCGAUCGAGACGGUGUCUGGCGGCAUCACGAAUAUGUUGCUGAAGGUGUCCGCAGAAGAUGGCAAGGGUAACAAGUCUUCUGUGACAGUUCGUUUGUAUGGCCCAAAUACAGACUUGGUGAUUGAUCGGAAGAGGGAAUUGCAGGCUAUACCACAUCUCUCAGCUGCAGGGUUUGGGGCUCAGCUACUUGGAACAUUUGAAAAUGGAAUGGUCCAGUCAUUCAUCUAUGCACGAACAUUAACUCCUUCAGACAUGAAGGAACCUAGAAUAGCAGCUGAGAUUGCCAAAGAGAUUCGCAGAUUCCAUCAAGUUGAUAUACCAGGAUCAAAAGAACCACAGCUAUGGGAUGAUAUAUUCAAGUUCAUGAAAAAAGCUUCGAUAUUGGAGUUUGAGGAUAAGGAGAAGCAGAAGAGAUAUGAAACAAUCUCUUUUAGAAAAAUACAAGAUGAAGUUAAAGAACUUAAGGAUCUGUCAGACCUUCUGCAUGCUCCUGUAGUUUUUUCACACAAUGACUUGCUUUCAGGCAAUUUGAUGUUGAAUGAUUUGGAAGAAAAGCUCUACUUCAUUGAUUUCGAGUAUGGGUCGUACAGCUACCGUGGUUAUGAUAUUGCAAACCAUUUCAAUGAAUAUGCAGGCUAUGAUUGCGACUAUAGCUUGUAUCCAGAUAAAAAUUCUCAAUACCACUUCUUCAGGAACUAUCUUCAACCUGAUAGGCCAAGUGAGGUCCAACUGCAAGAUCUGGAUGCCCUUUAUGUGGAAACAAACACCUAUAGAUUAGCAUCACACAUUUACUGGGCGUUGUGGGCUCUUAUUCAGGCAAAGGUAUCCCCCAUUGAUUUCGACUAUCUUGGAUACUUUUUUCUACGGUACGACGAAUACAAGAAACAGAGGGAGUCAUGCCUCUCCUUGGCAGAAAGCUCCCUCUCCGCAUUGAAAAAUGGCUAGAUCGAGCUUUGGAGCUACCGCCCCCAGCUUAUUCAUGGAGAACACUCUGAUCAGCUGUUGUUGUCAAAACUCGUAUCAUGGUAGUUAAUCUCGUUCUGAAAUUCUUCCUGUUUAGUUUUUUUGUUCCUGCAGGAGGCAUAUGCUUCGCCCGGUAGAAAAAAAAUAUAGUAUGAUCGUAGUAGACAACUGGUUGUUUGUAAUAAACAUAAGCCCUUUGGCCCCUUUCGUACAUCAUGUAGUAGUAAGCAUUUGUUGUGUGCCUAUUGGGCAUUCACCUGACAUGCCGAUGGCAAUGCGAUCGUUGCCUCGUGUUUGGCUA